GUGGGAGGGGAUGGUUUCAGGGCAAGCCACUGGAAUGUCUUUAACCCAAAGGGUGGGAAUCUCUUCCACCUGCAGCUAUCCAGAAGCCCAGCUCGGGACAUGUGCUCAGAGCCCGGGGAACUCCGGAGGAGGCCAGUCUAGAAGGCCAGCACUGAUCUCACUCAGACCAAAGUAUCUUCUCCCUGGACAGGAUGAGGCCAUCAGCCUUACUCCGCAUCAUGACCGUCAUUUUUACCCUGAUGGCCACGUGGUUCUUUACCCACACCUAUUUCAACAGAACUGGCAAGACCAUCAGUAUUCAAGGCUUCCUGGGUUUUUCCUCAAGGACAAUCAAUGAGAAGAAUUCAAGAAAUAAAUGUGACAACAGCAAGAAAUGCCCGAAGGAUUUCUUUGCCUUUAAGAUCACAAGCGGAACUGCCAAUGUCGUGGGACCCUCCAUAUGUUUUGAAGACAACAUACUCAUGAGUGGUGUGAAAAAUAACAUCGGCAGAGGACUCAACAUUGCACUGGUGGAUGGAAUAACAGGAGUUCUCAAGGAACACAAAUUCUUUGAUAUGUUCUCAGGAGAUAUUAACACUUUACUGACAUUCCUAAAAGAAAUUCCAGAGAGCACCCUAGUACUGGUGGCCUCAUUUGAUGACCCAGGCUCAAAAUUGAACCCAGAAGCCCGAAAGUUACUCACUGCCUUAGGAAGUGCCUACGCAGAAAGCAUUGGUUUCCGUGACAGCUGGGUCUUCUUAGGUGCCAAAGACAUCAAGGGAAAAAGUCCCUUUGAGGAGUUCUUAAAGAACAAUCCAGAGCAGAACAAAUAUGACGGGUGGCCAGAAGCAAUGAGGGUGGAGGGCUGCAUCCCCCGCAAGAUGAUAUAGGGCUACCACGGCAGCUCGGGCCUCCCCACAAAGCCUCCAGCCUCAAGAAGUUCUGGGCUGCCUCCAAGAAGAAGUGGAGCUUGGGGCAGCAGGAGGGUGCCAGCCCCCAGGGCUGGAGGGCAAGGGGGAAAUAAAAGCAACCAUGUUGAAAAGAUUUUUCCAGUUGAUAAUCAGAAGCAUCUCGGACACUUUUCCCCUCCCCCAGGGACACCAGGGUCUCAAGCCUCACCCCAAAGUGAGAUGAAUUUGGAACUGACACUUGUCCAUGAUUCUAAUGCUGCUGACAUUUCUGUUGGGCCUGAGGCUUGUCUCCAUAUCAAAGAGGAUGGAGGAAUAGAGCAGCAGAAUUCAAUUCUGUUUUGUUUAUUAUAGCUGUGACUUUAUACCAGUUGUUUAA